UAGCGUUCGCUUUGAGCAUGUGCAGACAGUGCCAAGAGCAGCGUGCUAAGUUUUGACAACUCAGGAUUUAAGUUUUCCUGCUGAUUUAAAAACACGGCUGGCACUCUCAAAGAAAGAAGACACAGCUAACUCCAGAAGCACGGGUCCGAGGAUAGGCAGGCCCCAGGGACUCGCAAUCGAAAGCAAGAGGUUGCCCUGUAGUGAAGCCCUUCGGAAGUCCUCCAGGAUCAGCUACUGAGGUGAGAGGCCAAGGUCCUUCUGCAGAGAGCUGCUAAGAGGACCGCCAGAACCUCCACCUUUGAGUGUCAGCUGUGAUUGUCUUUACCCUGCCACCCUCAGCAACGUGAGGCGUUCCCCUAAGCUUUGAGGGACUGCAGCUCAGUCGAUGACUUUGACGCUGGAAAAGAAUACAACACCAGCUAGUUCUGAGAAGAUGGCUCAUGACCAGCCUUUGCUGGCUGUGCAGGAGGCUCUGAAGAAGUGCUUUCUCAUGGUGGAGAAGCAGCAGGACCUGUGGCAGAGUACUCUGCAGGACUUCUCACCCCUCCUCUCCUCUCUCAGCAACCUGGCUGAGCAGCUGCAGGCUGCACAGAGUCUGCGGUUUGAGGAUGUGCCGGCCCUUCGUCCCUUUCCAGACUUACAGGAGCGGCUGAGGCGCAAGCAACUAGAGGCCGGCGAUGUUGUCCUGGACAAGCUAGCUGAGAGGCAAGCCGCCCUUCUCAAGGUUCGAGACACCAUCAGCAGCCACGUGGAGCAGGUAUUCCACACCUACGAGCAGCACGCGGCUGUGCUUGACAUGGAUUCUGUCCUGCAGCCCUCAGUCGUGAGCCCCUCUGUGGCUGACAUGUUGGAGUGGCUACAAGACAUCGACAGACAUUACCGAAGCUCAUAUCCUUCCAGUGCUUCCAGACCUCCCAGAGCUUCUCCUAGAAGCCUCUGCAGGUUCAGAUUUCACAAGUCCUUAACUUCUGGGAAAGUACCUGAAGAGAAAGUACCUCCUCUCCUCCAUACACUGGGGAGACUUGGCCAGCAUCCAAUCACUGCCCAAGGCCUGGGACCAAAUUUCAGAAGACGAGUGCCAAACCCUUGUGCCAGAUAUCCUGGUGAGUGUCUCUUUCUUCCUGGAGGAGCCAGAGGGCUGUGCAGUGUCUAGAGACCUGGAACACCACAGUUGAGAGCAGCCAUUGCUGCCCCCGGCCAUCCCGAAGUGAAUGGCAGCCUUGCAACUCGCCGCUCUGAAAAACCAGUGCCUACAGCAGAGGUCCCUAGGACUUCUCCAUGCUGGGCCAAGACCAAGGUCCACGAGCACUGCACCCCCAGCUCUGAGACGUGGAGAGAGGCGGGGGAAAUAGUAAAGGCAACACUGAUAAGCAGUGUCUACCUCCAUCGAUAGGCGUGAAGUGGAAGGAAGGAAAGGACAGAAGGUAGAGUUCUGUGGCCGCCUCCGCCUGGGUCUUCUGAAGCACCUCUUGUGGUUGGCUCAGGUCCUGGUUCUGUGUGUGUCAAUAUCUGAGUCCUUAAUGGUGUAAAGAUCUGAGUGGGUCUGGGAAUCCGGGGCAGUAGCCGUGUGUGUGGCAUACAUGAAGUAUUGGAUUCAGUACCCUGCACAGCCAAAAAAGGGAGGGACUGAAGAAAAGUGAAUGUUUAACUUGUUCACCCCUUCACAGAGGCUCAUCAUCAAGCCAGUUUCCAUUUCCAAAGCCAACCACCAGGGGGAGAUAGUGCUGCAUGAGGGGUUCUGAGGCUUUGUCCUUGAGAGAGGUCCCCUGCUGCUGUUAAAGUAACUGAGGGGCCCCGGAUGUCCUGCCCAGGACUAGGGAGGCAAAGACAGGUGGAUCUCUGUGAAUUUGAGACCAUCCUGGGCUACACAGCUCCAGGGCCAGCAAGGCCGCAUACUGAGACUCUGUCUCAAAAAGAAAAGAAAACAGAGAAAGAAAGGUAAUUGAGAAUGCUGAGAUUCCCUGGUGACAGGUUACGACUGCAGUAAGCGCGCACUGGACAUGGGCUUCUGAGUUUGGCGUGACUGGCCAGGUAGGAGGUGCCAGCUGUGACUUAGUUUUUAUUAUCUACUUGACACACGGAAAGUCACGUGGGAAGGGAGUCUCAAUGAGGGAUGUUCUAGAUUUGGUUGGUUUGCAAGCAUACUUGCAAAGUGUUCUUAACCAAGGUGAGAAGACCCAGCCUGAAUGUCAUGGGCUAGUCCCCGGGACAGAUGAGAAAGAGCAGGCUGAGCACAGGCAGGCAUGCACUAAUCCGUUGCCCUCCCUGGUGGGUAUGAUGUGACCAGCUGCUUCAGGGCCCUGCCACCUUGAUGUACCUACAGUGAUGGACUGUAGCCUCAAAUUAGGAGCCUGAGAAAACCUUUCUCCCUUAAGUUGCACUUGUCAACAUGUUUUAAUCAUGUUUAGGGUUCUCUAAAGGAACAGAACUGAUAAAAUGAAUGAAGAGAUAUAUAGAUAAAUGGAUGGGUGAGUGGAGAGUGAGGACAGGCAAGCCUAAAGCAAAAGCUUCUUUAACAUGUUUUUUUGUGGGCUUCCAGCAGAAGGUGUGGCCCUUCCUUGGGGUGGGUCUUCCCACCCGAAUGAUCCAAUCAAGAAAACCCCUCACAGGCAUUCCCGGUUGUGUGGGUUUAGUUGAUUCCAGAUGUCAAGUUGACAGCCAAGAUGAGCAUCACCCACAGUAACAGGAAAGAAACCGAGAAGCAGCCUUCAUUUGGUAGUCAGAGCCUCGCUUUGCCUUCUGUGCAGUGGCCGCUUGCCUUGGGGUCCCAGCUUCCCACAUGCUUGUAGAAGUUAAGGCUGCCAUGUACAGGACCUAAUGCAGAGGAUGGAUGCUCCCCGCCCCCACCUCCACCUCCAUUCCCAGACAGGGUUUCUCUGUGUAUCCUACAAACUGAGUAGACCAGGCUGGCCCUGAAUUCACAGAUCCGCCUGCCUCUGCCUCCCAAGUGCUGUGUCUAAAGGCACCUCUAUGCCCAGCACCAAACUUGUACUUUUUAACUUGUGACUAGUGGGAUCUCUGUAAAUAAGUCAAUAAAACUAUAGAGUAU